AUGAGUCCCGACUACGACUAUCUUUUCAAGCUUCUUCUUAUUGGUGAUUCCGGGGUGGGAAAAUCUUGCCUUUUGCUUCGAUUCUCGGAUGAUACCUUUUCGGAUACGUAUAUCAGUACUAUUGGUGUGGAUUUUAAAAUAAGAACACUGGAGCUCGAUGGAAAAAUUAUUAAGUUGCAAAUUUGGGAUACUGCUGGCCAGGAACGUUUCAGAACCAUUACUUCUUCAUACUAUCGUGGAGCGCAAGGAAUCAUAAUUGUUUACGAUGUUACCGAUAUGGAUUCUUUUACUCAUCUUAAAAACUGGAAAUCAGAAAUUGAUCUUUAUGCGAAUACAAAUGUUCUCCGACUCUUAGUUGGAAAUAAGUGUGAUUUGUCUUCUGCUCGAGCUGUGUCUUUCGAAGAUGGUCAGAACUACGCUGAUAGCUUGAACAUUCCUUUCCUGGAAACCAGUGCAAAAAGUGCUGUAAAUGUCCAUCAAGCUUUUGUCAAAAUGGCAACGCAAAUUAAGGAAAGUACCCUAAAUGUACCUGGUGCUCCAGCUCAAACCUUGAAAAUCGGUGCUACGACCCCUGUCAAGAAGGAAGGCGGCUGUUGCUAA